GUCUAAAAGGCAUUUCUACACUUGGAUAAGCUGCAAGAAUUCAACCAAGCCAAUGGAAAACAAGGAGGAGGACGUUUCACCCACUGGAUUUCAGACACUCUUUAUCAGAGAGGACCAAGGGGAUUCAGAUGAGAUUAACGUGGAACAAAAAGAGAGGAAAGAACCCCCAUCAGGCCUCCCAGAAAGGCAGUUAAAACAAUCAUCGUUGGUGAAUCCGUACCUGCAGGAGAUGGAUGACUUGCUAAGAAGCUGUGAGGAGCUUACAGAUGUUCCCUUUGGCUCGUGUCACUCAGCAGGUUACAGAGAAACACGUCUGAGCAGCAGUCAGGUCGGAGAGGAGGUUAGGAUGAAAUGUUAUCAAGAAACCUGCACAGCUCCCCAUGCCUACCUAUCCACCAGCUACAUAGACACAAACAUGGAGGAUGCAGAAAGAGAGAUGGUCCCAGGCCAAGGUUUUGGUGAACUUACGGACAAGUGUCAGGUUUACCAGCAAACAGAGAUGCCUCUUUCCUCAGCUGGUACCAAACUCAGCACCACCAUGGUGGAGUACGAGGGCCAGCUGUUGGGGAUGUUGGCUAUGCAUGAAAGCUGCAUGGAAGAAGCUGGCAUGGACUUUGAGCUUCAAGAUCUGGCAGCAGAUUUAGGCCAAGAGUACGUACACAUCAGUAAGAGCCCACACCGCUAUCAAGGUACGACACUGGUGCCAGUUAAGCAAGAGAGCCUGCCAGAGCUGGAGAGCCUUCAGGUUCAGUCAAAACUCUGCGUGGAUGGAAGUAAAGCUCAAGAGAAUGAAGGAACUCAGAAGAGACCCCACACAGAUCCAGGAGACAUGUUCAAGGAGAGGACAGGAAUGAACGGAGAUGGAACAGAGUUAGACGUGGAUGAAGAGAUACCUGAGCUCUGGGCUGACCUCAAAACAUUAGGAGCUCUGGGGUCUCAGAUGGAGGACUGCAUAGAGGAGGUCCAACUGCUACAGAGAAGAAGGAAGGACCUUCUGGUGGAGGUUCUACAGCUGAGAGGCCAUAAAGAACAAGAAGACGAAAAGGGAAGAAGCCAGGAUAUAGAAGACACUGAACAGUGGAUUGACAGCAAAAUUACAGAGCUGAUGAAUGUUUUCAAGAAAGAGGAGGAGGUGAGACGGGAGGAGAGGAAGAGGGAGGUGUACAGUCUCAGAGAAGAGCGGGCAGAGGAGGAGAGGAAGCUCUGGAAGGCAAACCUGGAGAGACAGGGUGUUCAAGAGGAGCUCAGGAGGCUGAAGAGGAGGUUAUUUGCUGUAGCUAGAGAUGGUGGUUUCAGUCAAGCAGCUGGGAACCAUCAUCGCCGUGAGGUGGAGCUUCUGAAGAGAGAGGAGGAAAAACUCAAUUCCCUGGUGCUCCAGCUGACAGAAGAGAGCCUCCAGCUGCGGUCAGCCCAUGGAAAACAGCUUUUAGAUGCACGAGCAAAGCUUCACGCUACAACCUCCAGCCAGACCUCCAACACCCAGGAGGAGCUGAUGGAGUGCAGGAGGAAUUCCUGUGGGGACAUCCAGCAGUAUCUGCAGAGUGAACUCAAGGCACUGGAGGACAGGUGCUGCAGCUCCAUCAUUUUACGUUUUCACACAUUUAAUCAAUAACUUCUAAAGAUCUCGUCACCCAGGUAUGAGCCCAUGUUGCUGGUGCUGUUAAAGAGGAGGGAGACCACCGCUGCUGCACUGGUGAAAGCUAGAGACCAGGGUCAGGAGCUGAGAGGCCAGCUGGGACCCCUCAGGGAGCAGAUCCAGAAACUCAAACUAGAGAAGGUUUGUUGUGAGGAGAAAAUCAAACUGGCCACGGUGCGGAGGUGGGAGGAUGUGGGCCGCUACAAGGUAAACAACUAAACAGGAGUUAUUAGAUGAAGCAUUCAGAGCUCCAAACAAUCUGCUGGUUAUUAUGGGAUGCCUCUCUUACAGGAAGCUGUGUUUUAUCUGGAAGAGCAAAGCAGAGAGCUGAAGGCUGAGCUGAAUAUUCAGAGGAGAAAAACAAAAGAAAUGGAGAUGAUGAGGGAGAACCUUACAAAGCAACUCCUUCUUCACCGGUAACUUCCACUUUUAACAGUUUUACACCAAAGAUUUGAAGCUGCAAUGGCAAAUCUGCAAAACAGGCUAGCUUUUAAACCCACUCCCUGAGCCAUGCCCGCCUGAUACCCGGACGUGCAUGGCCAGAGGAAA